AUGCUCAAGACACCGCCUCUACAGACGGCUACAGCGACCAUUGAUACCCUGUCUGGUCGUCUGCAAUCUGCCACAUUACUUGAAGACAGACGCGCCGCCAUACUCGGUCUUCGAUCCUUCGCCAAGCAAUAUCCUGCUUCAGUCGCAGGAGGUUCAGUGCGCGAGCUCAUCGCAACCCUUCGACGCGAUGGCCUAGGCGAGGCAGGCAGUAGCAAGGAUGGACGGGGAGGCAAAGGAGAGGAGGGUAGUGGGGAUGUGGACACGAUCCGUCUUGUCCUCGAGACAUUGCUCAUGCUCUGCAAUCCAGACAGCAAUAGUCCCGAGGCCAGUGACGAGCUAGCAUAUUUCAUGGCGGAUGAAUUCUCGAUGCGCCAAGAAAACGUGACACUACUACUAUCGUUACUAGACCCAACGUCACCUUAUGCCGACUACUACUCCCGCUUGUAUAGCGUACAACUCCUGCAAGCGACAUGUGCUGCGCGACCCGAACGACUACAGGAGUGUGUUCUUGGUGCGCCAUUAGGCGUCAGCAGACUGGUGGGCGUACUCGACGAUGGCAGAGAUGCUGUCCGGAAUGCCGGACUUCUACUACUGGUCGAUCUUACGAGUGGCGCCAACGAGGAGCUCCGCAAGAUCGUAGCAUUUGAGGACGUCUUCCCCAAAGUCUUCGCCCUAAUUCGAUCUGAAGGUGGUCUAGCCGAGGCAGGGAUUACUGCGCAAGACUGCCUCACUCUUUUGGCCAACCUGAUCAAAGGCUCGCCAAGCAACCAGACCAUGUUUCGGGAGUCUGGAUGUGUGUCACAAAUGGUGAAACUGCUCGAGGAAGCUUUCCCGCCAGAGCUACCAGAAGCUCCGUUUACCGCCCAGAGUCGAGAGAAGGCUGCUUGGGGGUUACUUCAGCUCUUGACACAAUUCCUCGAACCUGGCGAGAAGAGCACAGCUCAGAACCAAACAGCAUUCUUCCGGGUCGGUACUGCUCAAGUCUUGAUUGAUCUAGGGUUCAUCCGUGCACUACCACCACCGAUUCGAACGUCAGCCCUGAGAUGCGCUGCGGUACUCAUUGCAUCCAAUGCACCGCUACAAGAAGCCUUCGCGUCGUUACUGGUCGACCCCUCAGCUUCGCGCCCAGUAGAACCACCCAGGUCUACACUGCAACCAAACGGGACGAAAUCGAACGCCGCUUCCGCUCGGAACAGUGCCAGACCAAGUGCUGAGCAAGCACGGCAGUACAUCAUCGAAGCGUUACUCGACCUCGCAUUGACGAAGGCACAAGAAGACCCACAAUUCCGAAUGGCUGGGUGCAGUCUUGUGAGAGCAUAUCUAACCAACCACGAUCGGAUAAAAGCGCAUUUUUUGAAUCGUGCAAUUGCUGGCCACGCUGAGCACGAGGCCGCCGCAAAUGUUUUGAGUACACUAUUACAGCCUACAGAUGACGCUCAGAGUGUGCUAUAUGCUUCGUGGAUCGUCACGGAUCUGGUUGCAGAAGAGCCCGAGGCUCAAGCUGCCCUUGCUGCUGUCAAGGAGGGCGACGAAAAUGAAGGAGAAGAUGUCUUGACAUUGAUCCAGACGCUCGGCUCGCAACUACAAUCAGCAAUCCAAGCUUCAGACGAGCGACUAGUGGUGGCGUAUGCCGGUUUGCUUACAGUACUGCUCUGGGACUUUGCCGACGGCAUCAACAAUCUUCUCAUAGAGGGCUCUGGUCUUGUUCAGAGUCUGGUCACUGCGAUCAACCCCAUAGUGGCUGGUCCACUCAUAGCCGGUAUGGCCGCGAUCUUGCUUGGCACCAUUUACGAGUUCAGCACGAAAGAUAGCCCGAUACCACGGCGGACGCUCGCUCCGUUGCUAAAACAAAAGCUGGGUCGUACCAAGUAUCUCGACAGCCUCGCAUCUCUGCGCAAGGAGCCAGCUGUCCGUGAUUUCGAUAUCGAGGAAGCUGCAGAAGAUACAAUCUUGUCGAGCGUGUUCAUCGACUUGUUCAUGACCGAGUAUUCACGACUCCGAAGAGCAAUCGACAAAGAUCCUGGCAUUGAAGUCCUGCCAUCGUCCGCAAUAGAAGCAGGGGUCGAUCGAGACGUGCUCGACGACUUACGACAGCAAUUACAAUCAGCCAAAGACGCACUGUCUCAAGCCCAACAAGAUGCUCUUGCAACAAGUCAGCAGCACGAGCAGGACCGCAUGAACGUUUCGAAAGAAAUGCAAACCGCUACGGCCGAAGUUGAUCGCUUACGUCGCAUCAAUCAAGCCAUGCAACAAGGCCACGAAUCUGAGUUUGAGAAGGUAGCUCGCCAGCACGACCAAGCACGGCAGAACUCGCAAAAUGAGCACCAGCGUGCCCUUGAAUCAGUUCAGCAAGAGUCUGGUCGCCAACUCGACACACGACUCCGUGAACAAGGUGCAGCCUCAGCGCAGAAGAUGCAAGAGUACGAGCGUCGACUAGCAGAGCUGGGCAAUACUUUCCGCUCUGAGAAGAGCAAGUAUACCGAGACUUCUCGCCAGCUUGAAGCAUUGACUACACGGCAUUCAGAGCUCGGGACAAGUGAGCAGCAAGCACGACAAUCGCUUCAAGACUUGACCCAGCGGCAUGAGAAGGCGACGAGGGAGCAGCAAGUGGCUAGUACCGAAGUCGAGCGUCUGACGGCCGAGGUGGAAGACAUGAAAGCUAGGCGUGAUAAAAGAGAUGCACUUGUUGAGAGAUUGCGGGCACAGUGCCAGGCCACGAAAGAAGAGUUGCGAGGCCGGGAAGACGAGCUGGCUACAGAGCGCUCGGGCUUCGCGGACCUGGAAAAGGAACUCGAGGGUGUCAAGGCUGAGCUUGCUGAUGCUAAAGGCGCUGUUUCGACAAGCACGAAGUCGGAUGCUAGCAAGGAUGAUAAUGAGAAGCUUGUUGCCAUGCAGGAGGAGCUCGAGACUGCGAGAGAAGGCGAGAGUAGUGCGAAGGCGGAGCUGGAGAGUAUGUUACUUGUGAUGGGCGAUAUUGAGGCUAAGAGGGAUGCAUUGAGAAAGAAGGUGAAGGAAUUGGGUGGUGCUGUGAGUGACGAUGAGGACGAUGAUGAGGAUGAUGAGGAAGAAGAAGGAGAAGAAGAAGAGGACGAUGAGGAUGUUGAUUAA